CUAAGUACAUGAAUGAGCACUGAGCGGAGGCAGGCCAGCGGCAGAGCGAGCAGUGUACCGUACCCUAUUACUCUUGAUUCUGGAAUUACAAGUUUUGUUCGGCCAAGAAGAAAACCAAGAAACCAAAACUAAGCAUUACGUAUAUAUGCUACUAUCUCUCUCUGUAUCUCAACUGCUCAAGAGUCGAGUCACAAGUCACAAACUCUCACCUUACUGAUUGAGUAGAUUGAUUCGUUCUUCAAUUCCUGUCCCAUCAGCUGUUCCGUUAGGGAUUGUUGUUGUUCGUUGUAGAAUUUAAAAAAGAAAAAGGGAGAAUGAAGAAGCUCCGAUGGGCAAUGGACGGGGACUUUUGGGAACUGGACGCCUCCACUCCCCGGACCCUUGAAGGAAGCGCUCGUGCAGUCCCGGGAAAGGCUCUACCGCUGGGUGUGUCAAGGGGCACCAGACUUUCCAGGCCCAAGCAGAUCGACUUCAUGCAACGCUUCAUGGCCGCCCCUUUUGUUCCCUCCUUCUCCAAUCACCUUGGCCUCACUCUUCAGCGAGUCGUCACCAUUCCUUUUAAUGACAAUUGGUUUUCUAUUUUGCUUGCCCAGUUCAACCUGCGCAAGUUUGUGUCUUCCUUACGGGGAAGUGGUGGAGCUGACCUCAAAUCCAUCGGGAGGCUUCUUCGUGACAAGUCCUUGUAUGCUCUUGGCUUCUCUUCUGAGCUCUUAUUAACCCCUGAUGACACUCUGCUUCUUUCCUCUGAUUUCUAUUAUGCUCACGCCACCACUCCCAGAAAGAAAGCAGUUUUCCAUCAUAAGUUCCCGCAUCAUAAUUUGAUGCUGGAAGUAGUUUGGCCUGCUCUCUUUCUGGACAAAAACAAUGCUAAUUACUGGGAUAUCCCCUUCUCCAUGGCACUUGAUUGGGCUUCUCUUCCUUCUGAUUCUGGUCCAAGUUAUCAUCUGUGCUUGCACCAUAAUCAUGGGUCACCAAAGCAAUUUGAAGGUGAUGAUCACAUGGCUCAAGUCCCUGCUUCUCUACUGCCUGGUUUUUCUGUCAAAGGUGCCUUUUCUUACAAGAAGAAUGUUGACAUUUGGAGAAGUAAAGCUCAAAAACUGAAGAUGGUUCAACCUUAUGAUAUAUUCCUUUCAGAUCCCCAUGUUUCAGCAUCAGGAAUCAUCGGCAUUGCUUUGACUGCGGCUUUUGGGGAAAAUUCAGUCACAUCAUGUGAAGAUACUGAAGAAAUUAAAUACUUCUCAUUUCAUAAUCCAACUCUAAAAUCUACCCUUCUAGGGGAUAUAUUUGCAUCUAUCUCAUUUACAGCACAGCAUGGGAAAUUCCAACGGCUAUUUUCUGAUCUUACAAGAUUUCAUGCUCGCCUUGAUUUUCCUUCUGGUUCAAAAUUUCUUUCAGGUGCCACACAAUUAGUUCAAGAUAUUUUGAAUUCCCACCAGCCUAGUUUAGAGGCAGUUAAAAUGAUCUGCCCCACUACCACCCUUUCUCUUCAGCAGCAGAUUGCUGGGCCUUUCAGUUUUAGAGUUGAUUCUGGAUUUGCAAUUGAUUUCAAGAACAAAGGUUGGCACAUACAUACAGAUGAACCAGUAUUUGCCAUUGAAUAUGCAUUGCAGGUCCUUGGUUCGGCUAAGGCUGUUGCUUGGUAUUCCCCAAAGCAUCAAGAGUUUAUGGUAGAGCUGCGUUUUUUUGAGACAUAAACCUUGUCCCCCUUGUAUGUUUAGAAACUCCAAUGUUGUAUCUUCUAGUUCCUUUAUUCAUUGAGGGAUGUUUCUCACUAUUUCAGAUGCUGUUCCUUUGGAUGGUUAUUUAAGAAAUAAAGCUAUUCAAGUAC